GAGAGUGAGUAAAGAGUGUAAAUGGCGCAUAGAGUAGAUUCCGAGUAUGAUUACCUUUACAAGAUCGUGUUAAUUGGCGACUCCGGAGUUGGAAAAUCAAAUAUUCUCUCCAGAUUCACCAGAAAUGAGUUUUGUUUGGAUUCUAAAUCAACUAUUGGCGUCGAGUUCGCCACCAGAACUCUCCAGGUGGAGGGGAAGAUUGUGAAGGCACAGAUUUGGGAUACGGCAGGUCAGGAGAGAUAUCGAGCCAUUACUAGUGCUUACUAUAGAGGAGCUGUUGGUGCACUUCUUGUCUACGACAUAACCAAGAGGCAAACCUUUGAUAAUGUUCAAAGGUGGCUGCGUGAAUUGAGGGACCAUGCUGAUUCCAACAUCGUUGUCAUGAUGGCUGGAAAUAAAUCCGACUUGAAUCAUCUCCGAGCGGUUUCUGAGGACGAUGGUCAUGCUUUGGCAGAGAAGGAAGGUCUUUCGUUUCUCGAGACCUCAGCACUUGAAGCAACCAACGUUGAAAAGGCAUUCCAAACUAUAUUGAAUGAGAUCUACCAUGUUACAAGAAAAAAAGCAUUGGCUGCCAAGGAUGCAGUCGCGGCUAACGCCACAGUUCCCGGCCAAGGAACCACCAUUAGUAUCGCUGGUGCAUCAGGAAACACCAAGAAAGGAUGCUGUUCCACAUAAAAGGAUGAUUGGAUAUAUUUGUUGGCAAGCAUGCCUACCCUUUUCUUUAUUAUUUAUUUCUUUUCCCCUGUUUUUUAUUCUUUAUUUAUCCUUUU